GUGGAUCAAGUGGAGUUUCGAUCUCUGGAGUAUUUCAUAAUUCUCCGUCCAUAUGUAUACCCCUUCUAUUGUUCUUUUUUAGAGCUGCUUUGACUCUGUUUUGUUCUUUUCCUUUUCCUUUGUGUGGUUGUUGACAUCUACCGGAGACCUUCACACCCCGAGGUCCCUUUGUUAUUCUUCCUUACCUUCUCUUCACAGCGUCGAGUCAGGACUCGGCCCUGUUUACUUUCUUUAUCCAGGGUCCUUUUAAUAAAAAGGGCAUUUUCCCCCGUCAUUUUUAGAACUUACUACUGGCCUCUGUGUGGUCUUCCAGGUCUAUUCUAUUCUAUUCGUGACGUCGCUCAGGAGGCAUUCGUCAAACAUGCAGCUCUUACAGUCAUUCAUCUGUGUUCUUCUUCUCGUGACGAGUGGUGUCCUCUCUGUGCCCACUCGCUCUCAGCGAAAAGGCAGGUCCUUUAAGGUCGAACGGAUACGUCGCACAGACUAUGUUCCCCAUGGUCCAACGGCUCUGAAGAAAGCCUAUGGAAAAUUUGGUAUCAUUCCAACGGACUUCGGUCUUGACGUUCUAGACUUCGAGCCUCUUGAACGGAAGCCCAAGCAAAACGCUGGCCAGACUGAUGUCGCGGAGCCGGAGCAGACUGGAGCAGUGAGCGCUAAGUCGGUUCAGAAUGAUGCCGAAUUCGUUUCUCCGGUCAAGAUUGGCGGACAGACAGUGAUGAUGGAUUUUGACACUGGAUCCUCUGACAUGUGGGUAUUCAACACAAAUCUGAAUGCACAGGCCCUACAGGGCCACACGGUCUAUGAUCCAGCCAAGUCAAAGACCGCAAAGACGUUGCAAGGCUCUGAGUUCGACAUCAGUUACGGUGAUGGGUCGUUUGCUAACGGUCCCGUUGGAACGGACACUGUGGAUAUUGGUGGUGCUGUUGCCCAGAACCAGGCUAUCGGGCUUCCAACCAACGUAUCCGACUCCUUCAUUGAAGAUACAUUUUCCAAUGGAUUGGUAGGUUUGGCUUUCUCGAAGCUGAACACCGUGCAGCCCAAGCAGCAGAAUACAUUCUUUGCGAAUGUUGCGCCCACCUUGGACGAGCCCGUCAUGACAGCACUGCUAAAGUCUGGCGGUGCGGGUCAGUAUGAGUUUGGAACAAUUGACAAGAGCUUGUUCCAAGGACAGAUGGCUAAUAUCAGCAUCGACAACUCCAAUGGGUUCUGGCAAUUCAACUCUGCACAGUUUGCUGUUGGCAACGGAACGAUGCAGCAGGUCAAGACGGCACCUAUCGCGAUCGCUGACACUGGUACGACUCUCAUGCUUGUGGCCCCCGAGACUGCUACUGCAUACUAUGAACAAGUGCCCGGUGCCGUCAAUGCAGCAAGUGUCGGUGGCUUCAUUUUCCCAUGCAAUGCCGAGCUCCCUGAUUUGUCCGUGGCCACUGGCGACAACAACCUUGCAACUGUCCCUGCUUCAGUCCUCAACUUCUCCGAGGUCGGCACCAACACCACUACCGGCGAAAAGGUCUGCUACGGUGGCGUCCAAUCCAACCAGGGAAGUGAGCUCCAAAUCUUCGGCGACGUCUUCCUCAAGAGUAUGUUCGUCGCAUUUGACAUGCGUGGCCCUUCCCUCGGUCUCGCCACUCCGGCAGCAUAAAUCAUAGGGGCGAAGGACAUGAAGUCUCAGGUACGACGUUUUGCAUCUGGUAGACGUACAGCUUGACCCUACAGCAUUUUGCAUUUGAUGUAUCUAU